AUGGGACGGAAGACUUAUACCCCCGAAGAGCGGCUUGCUCUAGCGCAGAAGCGCGGUUUUGCCGCAGAGACAACAUCUGAUCGACAAGACCAAUUGAGCAAGGUUGAACAAUUAUCUCUCGCUGGUGCCACCGAAAAAAGACACCAGGAUAGGUUUGCUUAUAAAGAUACUAGGUACCAUGCCGUAAAGGGUUUAAAAAUGGAGGUAUCACGGCGACCUGAUACCGCCACGUUCAAAGACUUUAUGGAGUAUUACGCUUCAUCACGAGAUGGCCUAAUUGACGAACUCCCGACGAUGCACAGUGUUCUUAAUAUGUGGUACAAAUUCGUGGGCUAUUUAAACCGCAUUACAAAGUCCAAGCUCGAUAGGCAAGUCUGUUCUGAUGUCGCUGCUUUUAUCAGUGGAUCUUUACGGCAGAAACUUAAUUUGAGCACAAAGAAGCGGGACAAAUACUUAGUCACCCAGAAAGAUCUGACGAGACUACUGGAGUAUCUUUGGUGUUCUGACGAUCAUGAAUAUCUUCAUGAGCGUUUAAGAGUUCAGUUGACAUUUUGUCUGAUAAUAUUUGCUGCUUGUGGCGCCAGAGCUGGUGCUAUUGUAGAAUCAAGCUCAUAUAAAGGGUCGAAUGAGGCGCUUACUUAUAAGGACUGCCAUAUUCACUUGGUACGGCGACUUGGCGGCGGAUUUGAGUUCCACCUCGAAAUAAUCCAGCGAUUCGUGAAGGGAAAGCGUGGUGAUGAGAACGACAACCUCCAUAUCAUCAUAACGCCAAAGGAUCGCUUGUUAUACAACGGAUUUUGGGUUCUGGCUAGCCUCGCGAUCGCUGACAAUGCUAUAAAAGGGUUUAAGACACUAGACGACCUUGAAAAGGCUCGUGUACCAGACGGUAGAGAUUCAUGGGAGCUAGAGUGGGAAGAGGACGCGCGUGACCUUCCCAUACUACGGAUGGCAACUGCAGAGGGGGUUCACAAGUAUAGAGCACUUACUUACGCUGCACUUUGGAAUCAGAUAGUCUCUCUCGGCAUUCGUGCUGGUUACAGAGACUCUGUCAAGAUCCAUGCUAUUCGUGCUGGUGUAGCAAAUAAGAUUAAAGAUCCAGAAAAGCGUAAACAGACCUUAGGUCACGGAGACCAUGUAAUAUAUUAUAAAUCCUACGCGUCAAAGAUCGUUGAAGUAGAUGGAUUGUCGGAAUACCUUGGCGAUGCGCCGUCUACUGAGCACAUUGAGCAGCUGCGCAGCAUGGAUCAUCGACGCGAUAAGAACGCUCCAAGGAAGCUUCCAGCAGCAGAGAAAGUUGAAUUUGAUCGGAGCCCUAAAAUUAGAGAGGUCAACAUGCGUAUAGAAAAGAUUACAAGAGAUAUAGCAGGUAAACCUGCCGAACACCCUGCCUUAUUCAAAGAGCGGCAGAAGUUAUACGGCGAGAAAAGACAACAACUCCGAUUAGCAGAGAGGCUAUCCAGAGAGAAAUGGUUUAAUACGAGCUAUGAUGUAGAAGCUUUACGACAAUUGCAAACCGAGGAAAUUGAUGCGAAGGCUCUAGCAAAACCGCGACAAAUAAGCACCUUUUACCUGACUCGUCGCCUCAUGCCAGCACGCGAUCGCGUCGCAAAUGUAAUACUCCUUACCCCGGAUCUACGAAGUGACAAAUAUCGAGCUGCUCAACGAGACAUUUAUAGCUUGUGCAUUGAUGAUAGCCGGGUAGCAUAUCGGCCAAACGAACAUCCCAUCGAUGGAGCAUGUCCCCGCGAGGGCUGUUCGACAGCUAUGAUUGAAUUGCCGGUAGCCAUGCGCUCAAGACACAUCCACGCCUGUCGUCAACGCGAGCUACGAGAUACCUUGAGCCAACAGCCUAGUUCAUACUCUCGCCGACUUCGAAACCGCAAACUACCAUUCGCAGAAUAUUGUUAUGCAUGUUGCGAGUGGAGUUGUAGCGAAGAUAGCUGGAACAGCCAUUGUAGAUCUCAUCUUGAGAGGCUGGAAUUAAGAUGCGGGCUUUUAUCCUUUCGCUACACGCUAGUAGUCGCAGGCUACUGCCCUUUCUGCUUGGGCGAUGAGGGCCUCUCGCCAUCCCAGAGGAUGCGGCAAUGGAUGACGAAGCCAACGCUGCUCAAUCACAUUGAUAUACACCUUACUACUUAUACAGGAUUGGAAUGUCCGCACCCCAUCUGCCAUGUAUCUCUCGAGCGCCCUUCAGAUUUCACAGCCCAUUUUGAGGAUGUUCAUAUCAUUGGAGAACCACGUUCAAACUGUGUGAGCAGGAAUCGAAGGCGUGAUGAUGAGAAAGAAGAGAUACAGGGCAUGAAUGGCGAGGCCACAGACCAUAUGACCCGUAAGCUUGUAGUCAUAGGUGGUACCCCUCAUUUUAUGGCACAGAUGGCGUCUGCAGAAUGGCUACAAAGUAUCCCUACUCCCGCAAGCGGUGCUAAAGUACUUCGAUUAUAUACAUUUACGAUGAGCUGCCCGCGAACCAGCAACCAGGAAAGAGCCAGGAGGCGAACGGAAUGUCGGAAGAAGUUGUCCGAGCACAUUCACUCACGGCUUGGGAUUGCUGUUCUACCCGCAAAUGUCAAGCUCAUGACCAAAUCAGAAGACCCAUAUCAAUGGAAUAUCUUCUCAACAGACAAGACCGCAUUAUUUGACAAACAACUAAGCAAGCACUCAACCGGUGCCUACAUCGACCUGUGCAACGGAGUAGGAGUGCAUUUCGAGGCAGUACUAUCGGAAGGGGCGGCGAACCACGAGCAGACAGGACGACCCAUUAUAACAGGAGCAAUUCCUAACGGAAAAGGGAAUUCAAAUCAUCUAAGUAGAGAUAUUGAUAAAGUUCACGUUGCCGCCGAAGAAUGGCGCGAGCGAUAUAAAGCCGAAUUGGCUAGAAGAGAGUCGCUGGAGGUUGAACUGGCGGCUGUCAAAUCGGAGAAUACAGAACUAUUAAAUGAGAUCAAGGCUCUGCGCGAAGUAGAAGUAACGCGGACACUCGACCUUGAUAAGACAAAGGAGAUCUUGUCCAGAUUAUCGCAUAUGCUCCAAGACCGAGCAUCAAAGGCUUAUGAGGACUUACAACAAGUUACCCGGGUCGCAGAGUACCUACACUUGGGAAGCAAACCGCUAGUUACAAUGCAGGGACAUCUGGCAACUGGUUAA